AUGCACGAUUUUCUGGAGGAGUUCGAGGGCUUCGCUAAGGUACUGGUGGAGUCGCUAUGGCGGGAGGGAGGUCUUCCACCUACUGCUCGCCCGUCGUCCGCGACGACCACGUGCGCUCGCUACGGAAAUGUGCUGGUGCACGUGUGGCCCGACGGAAAGCUGGGCAUGUGGAUGCAACGCAGUUUUCGAGUACUGAUGGAGUGCUGCGUGCCGCACCUCUCGCUGCCGCUGACGGCGACUUUCCGCUACUUUGGCGAUGUCGUCACUGUUGCCGCUGCCAUUUCGCUUCAGCGUGCGGGGCCGGCCGAGUACGCAGGAAACAGACGCAGCGAUCCAGUGAUGCACGUGCCCCUGCAGGAGCUUUUGGGUAUGACCCAAGACGCACUAAACUUGCACCGCGGUGACCCUCGUGGCGAGGCGACGGGUGGGGCAAACGACGAGGCCACCAAGCCACAGCAGCGCAAGGUGAGGGGGAUCGAGGUGCGCGAGGGCAUGGACACGCGUCUUUACGUGGUGAACUGUCUUGGCCUUCUGCCGCCGCUCUUCUCCACCGACGGUCGUGUGCUGACGCUGCGGCGGUGGCUUCACUUGAUUCAGCAUCCUCCGAUGCCCUGGGCCGGUAGCGUCGUGUGCACGGACAUUUACCGCCGUGAGGCGGCUGCAGCUGUUCAGUACCUCAGCGGUGCCCUUCAAGCACCGGUAGAGAGGCGCAACACACGCCUUGUGCAGCUGCUGCACAAAAAUGGACUUAACGUGUCUUUGCUGGGCCUUGUUGCGCAGACCAUGCUGGCUGCCGCCAAGGAGGAUCUCGAUGACACGUCAGAGCUGGUGCUUCGCCUCAUCGCAGUCGAAGUCCUCGCCCGCGUGGUGCGCCGAUCUUUGUUCCGCUCGAUGGAGCGCGAGGGCAGCGCGCGGUCGCUAAAGACCGCCAACAACUACCUUCAGCGCACCGCCGGCUCGCUGUUGUGUACGACGCAGGCGCACUUUGAGGAGAGACUGCACCCGCUUGUCCGGGAGAUGUUUUGGCUCGACGAGGCGAUGAGCACGGAGCCGUACAUGCAGCUGCUCAAGCGCACACUGCAGCGGCAGGUGGUGCUUAUCACGAAGCGUUUGUGUGAGCUGUGCGGGCUCCGUGUGGUGCGGGGAAGCGUAGCGGAGAUCAUGUGCCAGGCUUCACACCACAACUACAGCUCCUUCUACUCCGCAGAGCACCAGGCACUGAUAGCGACCUUGGCGCGGGACGAGUCGGAGUAUCCACCGGCCUUUAGGACCGCCUAUCUCCUCCCACUGCGCAUCCGCUUUUACUGCCGUGGCGGUCACCUCGCCGAGGCGUGGCGCGAGGCGACGCAGCUGGUGGAGUUGCGCAGCCGCCACACGUCGGAGUGCUUCCUCAACGCCGAGGCGUGGACGACAGCUGCGCUAGUAGCUGCCCAGGUCGGCAGAGAGGAGGAGAGUGCGGACCUCAUCGAGCGCGCCACCCGCGUCUUCUUCGACAUCCCAGCGUUUCUCCUCCAGUCGACCGCGCCCCUGGUCCGAAUGCCGUCCUACUUGUACUUCCUCCGAGGGCAGGUGCACGCCAAACUCGCGCAUGGGUUCAUCUGCAUCCAGCGACAACUCUUUGACGAAGCCGAGGAGCUGUUUACAGCGGUGCUGCGCCUGCCGGACGUGCUCGAGGAUGAACGACAGCCACAUGUUGCGCACCUUCGCCAACAGGCUGUCGUCGGUCUGUUCAGCAUCGCCGUGCACUCCGAAAAGGCAAAGGUGAUGCAGCUCGACGCGCAGUGGAGCACUGAGCUGCGCUCUAUGGCCCCUUCGCUGCAAGGUGCCCGCAUCAGCGAGCUCUUUGGGUCUCUGUUCUUCGAUCGGGACAUGUUUCCUAGCGCCGUGGCGAGACUUUGGGAGUGCCUCGAGACAACUGAGCAACUCCUUGGCGCGACGGCUCUCCGCGUGGGCGAGGUGCUCAACAAGCUGGCCUACGUCUACUACCGCUGGGACGUGCGGCAGUAUGGCCUCUUCUGCAGCUGCAUUCUCCACCGAGCCGAGGCCAUCAUGGUGGAGCGAAGUGGACUGUACUCGCCACUGCAUCUCAGCAUUGUCGAGAACAUCGCGUCCGUCUUCAUUCUGCGCGGCAUGUUUGUUGCGGCGUCGCAACGGCUGCACCUAUUGAGCACCCUCCCACCUCGAUACACAGGACGCCUCUCGCGCGAGCACCCCGCCAUCAUACGCAUAGCCGUCAUCAAAUCCAAGCUCCGGCAUGAGUUCGGCAACAUCGCGAUCGUCAUUAUUCAGCGAUACUGGCGCAAAUACCGCAGCCGCGCUAUCCUGCGCGACGUCUGCGAGAGCAGCGCGCAAGAGGUACAGCGGCUGGGACGGGCAUAUCUUGUGCGGCGCGCGCUGCUGCACCUAUGUCACGGCCACGUCACUGCUGACGGCAUCGCACUAGCGGCGCAACGCUACGCCAUGCGUACCUUCUCGCGGCCGCUGAUCUGCGCCUCUGCCCUCUUUUCGAAAGAGCAGCGGCACUGGAAUUCAGAGCUGCAGCACUCUUGCCUCUUUACGAUCUGGUGGGAGCGUGUGGAGCAGCAGGUGCAACUCGAUGAGCGGCAGAGGCUCGUAGCGGAGUUUGAGGCGGCCGCGAGGUCGUGCCUGCGGGGCAUGCGUAGCGGUACCGCUUCCGGUGUGCGGGUCCCGGGGUGUAGCACGUCGUUUGUGAUGCAAAACAUGGUAUUCACGCAGGUUCCAGCGGGCCACCGACUGUCUGUGUUGCAGCUGCGAUUGAUGCAACACCUGCGCUGCAGCUCUCCUUGCCUGCUGACGGUGCCGCUGAGCACCUUGGUCGAGUUCACCGACUGCGCCUACUACGCUGAGGCGCUCAUCCCUCUACACCAUCACCCGCGCAUUGUGUUCACUGUUGAUGGCCACAGCAGUGACCCACACGCCGCUACAGCGAGGUCAAUCGUGAGGUACAUGAUGCGCCAGUACCGCGACGCCGGCCUGACGACGUACCGUGCCGACAACUGCCAAUGUGUAGAGAUCGUGUCUGGUGCCGAUGGGCUUCUUUACCUCACCAAUUCUCUGGGCCUGGUCAGCUCACUAGUGCAUCAGCAGCCAACGAUGGAUGUGUCAACGCUGACGUUGCCGGCAAACAUCUUCUCCCUCGCGCGGGAGAAAUGCAACGCCGGAAACGCGAAGGAGGCGGUCGACAUGCUGGAGCUUGCGCUGCUUUCGCAGGGCUCAGACGAGUACGGACUCUUGGGCAUCUACUUCCUCUCCUGCCUUGCCUCGGCGCGCUUCGCCAGCGGAGAAGACCUCGACGCAGCCAUGCGUCUCUUCCAGCGGUGCUCGACGGAACUCGAGGAAAACACCGCAGCUUUCCCCGCUGCGCUCAUAUUGUACACGGAGGGGCGCGCGUGGCUCAGCCGCGGCGCCACGACAGCUGCUUUGGGUCCGCUACUGCGCUCGCUAAACAUCUACGCCGAGCGCAUCCGCCUGCACGCCUACUACGGCGCCUUCUGCAUCUUCGAAGUCGCCCUCUGGGUGCUGCGGAGCAACGUAGUGUGGGGGUCAAGGGUGGAUGCGGCGGUGCUGCGCUGCGUCGCUCACGCCGUAGAGUUCGGCGAGCCGACACUGUCUCUCUUCAUAACCUGCGGGCGUUUUAUCUUGUACACGCAAAAGGUGGGUGACACGGCCAUGUCGCAGCAGCUGAUCCAUCUACGCAAUAUCCGGGCGAGGGAGCUGCAGCCCAUUGAGCUGGACCGGUACUUGCACGUGCUCCUACGGCGCAGCGAGAGCCUGCAGCGGCGCGGUGGCAACGAGAGCUACAGUGACUGCGUCUUCGUGCACCAGACGGCGAUUCACAUGGCGGAAGCCACACACAGUGAGUCGCGGAUGCUUGGCGUGCUGCUUACCAGCCAUGGUCUGUUGCUGACGAAAAUGAACAGGCUGAAGGAGGCGCGGCGCGUGCUCAGCCGCGCCAACGCGGUUCUCCUCAAGACGGUAGCUCCAACCAGCCCGGAGGCGAUGACGUGGCGCAAGAACAACCAGACUCUCAAGCACCGGAUGCAAGACAACGCGGUCGCUGUAAUACGGCGCGCUGUGCGUCUCUGGAAAGAGCGGCGGCGACUUGAGCGGGAUAUGUGCGCAGAGAAUCCGGCGGCGUACCAGGCUCUGCAGGCAGUGCGCUUCAAGCGGCGAAUCAAGAGUCUCGUCGUUUCUGAGGCCACCGCCCGCGUACUCAUCGCGGACUCGCACGCCGACGAAUACCACCGUUUACAGAAACGGAAAGGACGUAUGCGCAACGACGCAAUGCUGAAGCAGACUUAUGGUGCACGCGUGCAGAUCUUCCUUGACAAGCUCGACACUGCCCUCAUCGACGUUCGUGAUCUGGCGCUUGCGACAAAGGCAGUGAUGGCUGGUGCCUCCAAGGAUAUGUGCCAGUGCAUGCUGAGCGCCUUCCUUAUGGCUAGCCACCGCAUAGAGCGUCGUGGCGUCAUCGGUAAAUGGCGGGCUAGUCUUCUCGUGGUAAAAUUAUGGCAUCUGGAGCACGUCGAUGCGGUCAUCCGUGUCGAGUUUCUUGGUGCUUUUCACGCCUUCAUGCGGCGCUGCGUGGCAGCCGAGGAGCGCGCGUGGCGGCGCAUCAUCACAGGAAACCAAAAGAACUCGAAACAAGCGCUGGGCAAGACGAUUGGCCGGGCACUGCGUCCUAAGCCAAAGCGCGUACCAGCUAUCGAUAUCCGUGCCGUUCUCCUUAACGAGGCCCGCAGGCGCGAGGGCAUCCUCGCGAGAGAGGAAGACGACUACCGAACGCUAAUGGACGUAUUCACGUUCAGUCCCGAGGUCGAUGAUGACGAGGAGGUGGGCGUUGAGGCAUCGCUGCAGUACACGGCGAUGAACGCAUUGACGGGGGGUAUUUGA